AUGCCCUCCUACCCGCAGCGGACCCUGACGGUGCUCCUGCUCUUCGGCACGCUGUCCGCCGCCAUGGCCCUGCUCGCUUCCAGCCUCAUCUUCCAGCUGCCGGCGGGUCGGACCGCUCUCGGAAGCGGUCCCGGUGCCGCUCGAGGAGCGCUGCCGGAAUCCGCGGCCGCCGUUUUGCUGCCGGUGUCGGCCGUGCUGGCCGCGCUCUGCCUCGUGCUCAACGUGAGCUGCCUCCUCCUCUGCCUCCUCCACGGCUACUUCAGCACGGAGCUGUGCCGGGGGCAGCCCGGGCCCGAGCGGGCAGACUGGUUCCUCCUGGACAGCCGGACAGUUCGCCACGCGGCCAUCGGCUUGUUCUGCUGCGGGGUCUCAGUCUAUCUGACAGCUCUUGCCAUCUACAUGCUGCUGCUGUUUGAACUCGAGGCUGGCAUCGCCAGCGCCUGCAUCCUCUCCUCUGGCAUCAUCGUGCUGUUGGUGACGGUGACGCACGCCCUGGUCCGCGCCUCCCAGCUGUCACGCCGCAGCCACUCCGAGAUCUCUCACACUCUGUAUGAGAACGACUCUGCCCAGCACAGCGAAACUCCCGGCAGCAAUCUGAACAACAAGAGCAUCCCUGUGCCCCGGCCCCGGCCUGAGAUCCAUCGGGAAUUCUCCUUCUCUCCCUUCCUGGAGCGCAAAUCUCAGCUGGGCUCUCCGGCCAGCAGCAAUCUCACCUCCUCGGGCAGCCCUGGGGCACACUCUGAGAAGGAGAGCUACCACCUGCCCCGCACGCACAGGACGCUGUCAGCAGAGUCAGCCUUGCUGCAGGCACAGGGCAAGCCCUGGAACGGCGUCACCCAGGAGAUGAGGAAUGUGCUGGCACGCAAACCUGGAGCCUCGGGCAAGGACUCGACCCUGGUGUGAGUGGAAUGUCCAUCUCAUCACAGCAGAACUGCAGGAGCCAUAGCCAAGAUCUGCAUCUCUGUUUAGAGCUUAAUAUAGGUCACGUCACAGCCCAAGUGUCAGCGAUCCCUCAUGAGGUCGGGA